CCAACAACAGCAGCAACAGCAAAUAAUCUCUAAUAGUAGUGGAAUUAAUAAUAAUAAUACAACAAUAACAACGACAACAACACUUAGGCGUUCUUUUGCAACUUCAAUAUCUCGUUCUUCCAACACUCAAAGUAGCAGUAUGUUAAGCAGUAGUGGUGGAGGGGAUUCUUAUCAUCAACAACAGCCUAUAGCGACAACAACAACAAAUUAUUCUUCCCCAACAGAAUUUCCAAGUAUUGAUGGAAUAUCUUCUGGAAGGUCAGCAGCCCUUUGUGCACUUUGUAGAAUUGUUUGUGCAAAACAUACAAAUGAACAAUUGAGGGAUGAUCAAUUAGCUAGGUUUUUUGCAUUGGCACAUGAAGCUUUAAUUUCGAAUGACAGAAUUCUUCUCAGUUCCUUCAUCUUCUCCAGUGCUGACAAUCUUUUUAAAUUGGCAUUGAAGGGUGUUCAAAUUUUAUUACCAAAUUAUUUGCGUGCAAUAGAGCUUGUACAUAAUGAAUCACUUCAAAUUUUACUUCAUCCUUCUAUAAGUCAAAUAGAAAUGCGUGCAGCUUGUUUAAGAGCCCUUGCUUCAAUAUUACCUUGGCCUUCAUUAUUUGGUUAUGCUAAUAUUCUUGGUAACAACAAUCAAACAACUUCAUCUCCCCUUAAUUCAACUACACAAAAAAUUAAUAAACGUCAAGAAGGUUCAUUUUCUUCAUCUUCCUCAUCAAAUUUAUUGGAAUCAUUUUCUCGUUAUAUUGAUAUUCGCGAACCUAUUCAACGUGUACUUUAUUGCUCUCUUCGACAAGAAACAGAUCCUUUUAAUAUUCAAUAUGCACUUGGACUUGCGGCUAUUUUUUGUGUUGAGGUAGCUGAACCUGAAUUGAAGAGAGCAGCAAUGUUGAAAGUUUGGAAGAAUGAAAACAACAAAGAAAGAAAUGAUGAAAAAGUUGAAAUUUGUAAAGAAACUGUUGAAGCUCCAUUUUCUACUUCUCUUGUUCGAUCAUUUAUAAGUGCAAUUUGUGAUAAUUUAUGUAAACCAUUAUGGGCAAAUGAAACACUUUGUUGUUUAGCAGCAUUUGAUUGUCUAAAUUCUUUUUGUUCUCUUCCACAAUCUGUUUUGUUUUCUAAAGGCGAACUUUCAACCGGCUCUUUAAUUGUAACAUCUCUUUGCCGUUUUAUUGAACAACAAUUAAAAAAACCUCCACCUCUUCAUUCAAAGGAUAUGCAUUCAACGGUUGUUGCAGCUUAUUUUUGUAUGAGUGUGUGGUUUUGUUCAGCUCCUAAACUUGCACGUAUUGAAUCAUGUUUGGAUACUGUUGCAUUGGCUAUUGAAUUGGGAAUGACGGGAGGGCAUAAAUUGACUCCAGAACAAUACAAACCAGCAAGUCAACGUGUUCAUGAUGCAGCGCAAUCUUUAUUACAUUCCUUAUUUUCUACAAAAAUUCCAACAACUAAAACAUCAACUACAAAUUUUGUAAUAAAAAAAUUUUCUUCUUCAAUAAACGAAUUGGUGUUAAUUAAAAAAUUUGGAUUAAAACUUGACAAAUUUGAACAUUUUUUAUUACGUCAACAAAAUGUUUUAAUUUCACUUUAUGAAGCACAAAAUAUUCCAACUUUAUCAAAAGGUCUUCCUUGUGUAAUUGCUAUAUUUCGUACACCAUUUAAUUCUCCAUGGGCAAGUUUGUUUAGACUUAUGCCGAAAGCGCCUCCUAACCGAAAGAAGACAUGCAAGCAGAAUAAUACUGUAGUUGUCAGUCAUCAACAACAUCAACAAUUAAUUAAACAACAAACACAAACAAAUUCCGAAACCUGUAAAAUUCGUGAUAGUGAACAACAACAACCUUCUAGUGACCUUUUAAGUAUACAAACAAAAAAUAUUUCGGAUUGUAAUGGAGGUGGUGGUGGAAAUACUGCAACAAAUACAUCAGUUGCUUCGACUACAAGUAGUGGAGUUUCUUCUUCAGCUCCUCCUCCAAAUAUUACAACAACAACAGCAACAAAACAAUUUAAAAUACCAAAAGAAGCGUUUGAGCCAGAAUGUGAAUACGACAAAAAAUUCCCAAAAUUGGAGCCUGUUCCACCACAAGUUUUGGCAAUACAAUCACAACUUGAACAAGUUCAAGCUCGUUUAGCUGCUGGUAAUGGAGCUCCAAUUGGUGACCGUAAUACUAGAAAUGUUUGGAUUAACAAUUCUUUGGGUCCUUUACUUACAAAACCUCCUGUACCUGAAAGUCCUGUUUCUCAUUGUAAUUCUCUUCGAGUUUUUCUUUAUGAUUUGGGAUUGAUCAAUCGAACAUCUUAUCUUAAUGAACUGACACCUUUGGAUAGCUCAUCAUAUGAUAUUUUCUACGAUUCUCUUUAUACAACAGUAGAUCAACAUCCUGUUCAUUUAACUGAAACUGUUUCUAUUUUUUAUGUAAAAGAAGGACAAAAAUGUAUUGAAGAUAUUUUACAAAAUAAUGUACAAAUUGAUCUAAGGCAAACAAGUGCUGAAUAUUGUCGAUUAUUAAGUGAAUUGGGAAAAGCUUUGGAAAUGAGAGAAAAAAUUCAAAAAAAUGGAGGCACAUUUUCAACAAAUACAUCAACAAAUAAAAAUGAAAAACGAGAAGCUUCUUCUGCUGAAAAUUUUGUAUUUGAUGGUAUUGACUAUUGUUUAAACUGGAAAGAUGACCAUGUUGAUAUUUCUUUUGUAACACCAACUGGACGAACAAUAACAACAAAUGCUUCAACAGUAAAUGGAGCAAAUGGAUCAUCCAAAGCAGCAUCAAGUGUUCGAAGAACUGCAACUUUACGACCUUCUUCUAUUGAUAGUGUUCAACAACAAUUUAGUGGGUUUUUUGAAUUUAAAUUUACCUGUUUAUUGCACUUUUUUGUUUUUUGUUUGUUUUUACACUUUCACUGCUUUUGCUUUACACUAAUGUAA